CUGAGAGGCAGGAACAGAGAGCUGUGACGUCUCCUCGCUCAUCUACCUGCUAGAGGCACAGACACAGAAGCCCCAAGGACUCUGCACAGGACAGGACCGGAGCAGAGGACGCCGGGCCGCUGAAGCUCGAGUUAUGCUGCAGACCAUUUAUGAAUCUGACUCCAGCAUCAGUGCAGAGUGGAGGAGGAGACGCCUGGACUCUCACAGCACGGCCAUGGCUUCAGAUCCAGAGGUGUUGUUGGCGGUGGGCAGUAUGUCGGAGGUCGGUAUGUUGGACUGGGACUGUGAUUCAGACGAUUGGGAGAAGCAGUUACAGCGCGAGCUGCUUCUGAUCCAGAGACAGCAGCAGAUCCAGAAACAGCUGCUCAUCUCCGACUUCCAGAAACAGCAUCAGAACCUGCUGAGACAACAUCAGGCCCAGCUCGAGGAGCACAUCAAGCUCCAGCAGGCUCUGUUAACUCUGCGGCAGCAGCAGGAGGUGUUUGUUGAGGAGGAGAGAGAGGAGGUGAGGGAGGACGACAAGGAGCUUCACAGGAGGGAGACACAGAAACACCAGCAUCACAGACGGAAGGAGCGAUCUAAAGAGAGUGCGAUGGCGAGCACUGAAGUUCGUCAGAAGCUGCACGACUUUCUGAUGAGUAAAUCAGCUAAAGACCCGUCAGCGUCCGGCGCCGGUUACCCUCUCAACCGCUCCAAACUGUGGUACAGCUCCGCCCACCCGGGUCCAGCAGAGCAGAGCUCGCCUCCUCUAGGAGAGACUCCGCCCACCUUCAAAUACCCUCUGACCUCCGGCCUGGACUACAGAGAGGACUUCCCUCUCAGGAAGACUGCGUCUGAGCCCAAUCUGAAGGUGCGCUCCAGACUCAAGCAGAAGGUUUCUGAGAGACGAAGCGGACCGAUACGCCGCAGAGACGGCAGCGUCCUCGUUACGCCGCUGAAAAAACGAACUCUCGAACUAACAGAUUCAUCAGCCAAUGAGAGCCCUGCAGGUUCUGGUCCGAGCUCACCCAUUGGCUUGUGCAACAAUGAGAAAGGAGCGUUAGUAGUCUUCAGCACAGCGGCAGCUGUGGAUCAGAGUUUCAAGGGGGUGAGGGGCUCUGGGAUGGUGAGGUUUGUUUCUGCUGUGAAGUUCUGCCCAAGCAUUUCCUCACGGGCCGUGGGCCAGAACGCUCCUCUCCUCUCCUCCUUGUCUCUCCUCCAGCGCUGUCUGUCUCAGGGGGGCGUCCUACAGACGGACGGGUCCAUGUCCCUGUUGAAUCUCUACACAUCCCCCUCUCUGCCAAACCUCACACUGGCUCUGCACCCUGCUCACGCACACAUCUGUACGGGAACGGCGCUGAAGGAUCGGAGCGCAGAAGGUCUCGCGGCCGCCGCGUCUCCCGUCUCCAUGGAGGCUAAAGUGAGCAACGGGCAGCAGGCGCUCCUGCAACACCUCCUGCUGAAGGAGCAGAGACAGCAGAGGAUGAUGUCACCUGUCACAGGUAGUGUUCCUGUGCUGUCCUCGUCUCCUCUGGUGCUGAAGGCGCGUCCGUCUGUGAGUUCUCGCAGCAGGUUACCGCGGCACCGACCCCUGAACCGGACGCAGUCGGCGCCGCUGCCGCAGAGCACAGUGGCUCAGCUCGUGCUGCAGCAACAGCACCACAACUUCAUGGAGAAACAACAAAAGCUUCACCAGCACGUCCACAUCAGCCAGGUUCUGUCUCAGUCCAUCGAGCAGCUGAGGAACCCCAGCACCCAUCUAGAGGAGGAGGAGGAGGAGGAGGAGGAGGAAGAGGGAGCGUCUGCGGAGAUCACGUCGCCCCCUGCUGGAGUCAUACGCAGCCGCAGCUUCAGAAACUCUCCGAGUGAACCCGCGGCCGCCCUCGCCAGAGUCAUCCGCCUCAAAACUGAGCCUGAGGACGGAGAGAGAGAGCAAGAGAGACGGGACACACGGAGACACACAGGUGAAGAACAGGAGGAGAGUUCAGCGCAGGUGAAGCCAAGCGACGCCGAACACUGUCUGGAAAACAUGACGGAAACUGAUGUUUGAAAAAGAGAAAGAAAUGAGGAAAGGAAGGAAGGAGGGC